ACAAUCUGUCAGAGCCAAAACUGAAUUCGAAUAUUUGUCGAAUUAUGAAAAUAAUAAAAUUUUAAUAAUUUAAACAUUACAUCAAAAGGAUUCUUUAUUGCUCUUUAUUCGAAAUAUUUUCCAUAUAAUCUGAAAUAUGUACAAAGCGUUUUAUUUACUGAUUGAAACAUAAUAAUCUGCAAAACAUAAUUUUAUUGGUACAUUUUGAUCGUUUGAAUUAAAACGUAAUUUAUUGGAAUGGAUCAAACACGCAAAAGUGUGGGUGGAAAAUUCAAUAUCAAUGGAAAAAUCUAUACAAUAUAUGGCGGGGUCAAUCCUAUUGGAAGAAAUAGAGAAGCUGUUGUAAAUAUUAAAAGUUUGGGUGUAAGUCAGCAACAUGCCAUAAUAAUUUUAGUUGAUGAUGAUCUUCAUUUUAUCAGUGACUUGAAGUCUUCAAAUGGUACAUUUCUGAAUAGCAGUAAAUUGGUCCCGUUAGAGCUUUAUCGCUUGGAAAAUGGGGCCCGAAUCAAAUUUGCAGAUAUUGAGGGUACCUACUCAAAGUGUACUUCAAAUAAUACCCAACAAGACAACUUUUCAAUUAUAUCUGAGAACACCCAAAAUUUCACACAGACUUUUUAUAGAAAUGAUACUCAAAUAAUGGAUAAUACUGUUUCUAUCAAUCAGCUUAACAAAACAUCAGAUGUAAAGAGUCUUAUAUCUACUCAAGAAUUGGCAGAAAUGGCAGAUAAAUUGGAAAAUUCUUAUAUAGAAGCACAUGAAGAACCUACACAAGUAGUGAACACUGAAAAUAUAACUAUAACAGCUCCUCAAAAGGAGGGAGAAUCAAAUAUCAAUACUUGUAACAUACCAAGUUUUGAUCCACAUGAGGAAGAAACCCAAGUUAUCAUUAUGGAUCAUGAGAUUAAUGGAGAAUAUUCAGUUCCAAUAAGUGACGAAGAAGAAAACAAUGAUGCUUUAUUUAAUUCAGUCUUAGAUGAGCAUGAAGCUGAAACACAAGUUAUUGUUCUUGAAAUCAAUGAAAAUGAAACUAAAGAACAUAACAGCUUAUCAAAGGGAGAAACUUCACAUAUUACAUUACUAGAUUCACAUGAAGAUAAAACUGGUGGGAUUAUCAGAGAUCAAGCAUUAAAUGAAGUAAUUAUACUUAAUGAUAUUCAUAAAGAAUGUCCUGAAAAAUUGCCAGAAGUCGAAGAGAAAACAGAAAAUAGCUGUAAGAACUCUACAGCAUCAAAUUUGGAAACAAGACCAUCUCAAUUAGCCACUAAAGACAUACUUACCUUGGAAACUUCACUAGAAGAUAGUGAUUCUGAUGUCAUAAGACCUAUGAAAAAAUCUGUUAAUAUUUUUGAAUCCCAAGACUCAACAUUCGAGGAUUUAAGGGAAGAUAUUCAAAAAUCUGAAAGCAAUCCUGGUACAAAAAAAAUUGAAAAUUCCGACUCGGAGGAUAGUGAAUCUGAUAUUAUAAGGCCUUUGAAAAAAUCGGUCAAUAUAUUUGAAUCGCAAGAUUCAACAUUUGAGGAUUUAAGGGAAGAUAAGCAAGAAUCUGAGUUGCUUCCCGGUACCUCGUCAAGUAAAUCUGAAAAUACUCACUCGGAGGAAAGUGAAUCUCAUAUAAUAAGGCCCCUUGGGAAAUCCACUAAUGUUUUUGAAUCUCAAGAAUCUGAUCUGAACGAAGAAGGUAGUAAUGAUUCUGUAGAUUUUCUGACCAUGCAGAGAAUACCACCUACACAAAAAUUCCUAGAUUCUGAAAUAGUAAAAAUAUACGAAGAGAAAGAAAAAAUCAGUCCUAAUAUACUGAAAAAUAAUGAGUGUGAUGGUUCUGAAACGGAUAUCGAUAAGGGUUCCGUACAGAUAGAAGACGGUUCAGAAACAGAAAGUGAAGAAGAGGUGAAGAAACCUCCUGAUAAUAAAACAAUAAAAUUAUCUUCUAAUAAUUCCAAGGCAGAUAAUGAUUCUGAUACCGAUGAUUUAGAAGAAGAUAUUACAAAGAAUAAGAAGAAAAUUCUCAGGAAAAAGAGGAGAAACAAUGUUAUUUCAGAUUCUGAUUCAGAAACAGAUAAAGAAGAGACAAAAUCCAAAAAAUCACAGGUAAGAGUUGUAUCAACUUGCUCUGAUUCGGAUAAUGAAAAAAAUUUAAAUAUAACUAAUAGUCUGAAGAAUAGUGAAAGUAAUAAAAACAAUGAAUCAGUUGGUAUGAUCUUGGAAGAGAGUGCUUUGGAAGAUGAUGUCAAAAAUUUGGAAAAACCAGAGGACCCAGAAAAAACAGUAACAAAUCCAAGUAUCAGCAGGCUAUCAAUGGCUUAUAACGAAUCAUUAGAUGAUUCCGAUUUUAUACCGUCCACCCAAGAUUCUAAGCCAACGUCGCAAACCUCUAAAUUCGAUAAUUCUGAAAAUAGUUUCAAAUUAGGAUUGACCCAGUUAAUGGAAGAAGAUAACACAUCACAGAAAAAUUCAUCUCAAGGCGAUUCUCAAAUUAAUAAAGCAACUUCUCAGAGUGAAAAGAAAAAUUCUCAAGAUCAUAAUCAAAAAAAGUUCACCUUCAAAAAAUCAACGUUAGGUGUCACUAAAUCUGUAGAUAUUACUCUGGAUUUGAACGAAGAUAUUUAUCAAGCAAAAACUCAGAAUAUAUGCGAAGAUAAUAGUUCGAAAUUAAACAAUUCUGUUGAUGACCACGUUUUUCUACAACCCACUCAAGAAGCUCCCAAAAAAGCCAAGCAUAAUAAGGAAGAGAGUAUACCAGAUGACGAAAUUUAUAUGCUAUCAACACAAAAGAUGGACGGUAGUUCCAACAAAACUGUAGUAGAUGAUUUUUAUCAGCAAUCCACACAAAAGUUGAGUGUAGAUGAAAUUGCUGAGAAAAACCAAUCAAGGCUUUCAGGCAAUGGGUUUUAUCAGUUAUCAACACAAAAACUAAAAGAAAAUGAAGAAACAAAUCAAGUUUCCGAGAAAAACGAAUUAAGACUUUCUAGCAAUGAGUUUUAUCAAGUACCAACACAAAAACUAAAAGAAUAUGAAGAAGCUAAUGAAGUUGACACAAACAAUGAAAAUGACAAACCUGAUUACGAAGACAUAUUCGCUACUCAAGUUAUGGAUACAAACGAUUCUCCCAGCAAAGGUUUGGAAUCUGAGUUAGAAAAUAUGUUUGCAACUCAGAGAAUAGUACCUGCAGAAGACAGCUUGGAUAAAAUACAAGAUAUCGUUAAAAAAAAAGAAAUUAUAGAUGAUAAGUUGCCAACAGAAGAUAAAGACUUGGAGGCAAUUCUGGCCACUCAAAAAGUGCUGAAUUCACCGAAAACUUCCAAGGAAAUCGAAGUUGGAGAGGAAAAUGUUUUGGGUAAAUCGGUAGAAAGUCAGUUGGAAGUCAUAUUCGCAAGUCAGAUAAGUAAUUUACCGGAAGAUAAAUUUGUCAGACCUGCCAAUCCAUUGGUUGAUAUUCUUGGAAAGGAUACUCAAGAUACCGAAGAAUUAUUGAAAAAAAAUUGGUCACCAGAAAAAGACAAAACAACAAAUGAAAACGAAGAAAACACCGCUAUUAAAUCGAAAAAAAUAUCCCAAAUAGGCUUGGAACAGAGUUUUGCGCUGCUUGAAGCUGAAUCAUUCAAGAUUAGAAGAUCAGGAAGACACAAAAAUUGUGAAGAAGUAACUGUGAGUUGCCCUAAGUCUAGGGUCUCGAUGGUUUAUGUUCCAAGUGAUAAAAAAAUAUCAGAAGAAGAAAACAAAACAACAAAAAGUGUAAGAAAUGCCAGAAAGAGAAAACCGUCUGAUGUUAUUGAAAAUUCCAAAAUUACUCUUAGAGCAACUAGAAGAAAAAGAAAAAUUAGUGAAGCUUCCAACUCUUCCGAUGAAGAAAAUGAACCAACUACGUCUUCUGGACCAAGUGAACAAAAUAUAAAAAAUAAAAUAUCAACGAAAAUUGAAAAAGAAUCAAAUGAAAUGAUUAAACUACAAAGUACGGUAACUGAAAGACCUGCAACUCCUAGUAGAAACAGAAGCUCCAGGAUUAAAAAGAAGUUAACUGAAGAAAUUAUUGAAUCAAUUAAAAAUGAAUAUACAAGCAAGAAAGAAGAUUCAAAUACAAAUGAGGAAAAAUCAUUUAGGACAAGAACUAAAACUAAUGACGCUAUUACCGGUGAAAAAGAGAAGAACGAAACAAGAGCAAAAAGUAAAGCUAGUAAAUCUAAUCAAGAUGAUUAUGGAAAAACAGAAACAGAAGAUAUUUAUAAAAACAAAAAAACAGAUACAGAAGAGCGAAAAUCAUCUAGAACAAGAACCUCUAAAAUAUAUCCCCCUGAGUAUGGUUAUGAAAUAGAGGAAAAAGAAUCAAUGAAGACUAGGAACGUUUUAAAAUCAAUUGAAGAAUCUGGUGAAACAUCUGAUAAUGAAAAAACAGAUACAGAAGUUAAAAAUAGAAAGAGAAAAACAGAUGCAGAUGAGCGAAAAUUAUCAAGUAGAGGUAAAAAUCAUCAGGUAGAGGAAAGAGAAUCAGUGAAGACAAAGAAAGUUUUGAAAUCUGAAGAAUCCCUCGAUAACGAAGGAGAUUAUAAAACUGUGAAAACAAAAAGUUUUAAAAAAUUGAAUGAUGAUUUGGAUAAGCCAAUGACCCCAUCCCGUACAUCAAAAAGAGGGGCUACAAUUCAAGUGACAACACCACUGAAAAUUAGGAGAGUUUUAGAGACAACCCCAUCCUGCAGUAAAAGAAUUGAUUUACAAGAUACCCCCAAUAGGUCCAAGAGAAAACUGAAACCUAAGGUGGUUUUCACAAUGAUGGAAAGUCCUCAGUUGGAAUCUCAAAUUAAACAACUAGGUGGAAGUGUAGUUGAUUCUGUCGAUACUUGUACAGUUUUAAUCACUAAAUUUGUAAAGAGGACUAUGAAAUUGUUAUCGGCUGUAGGAUUGGGCAAACCCAUAUGUUCCGAGGCAUGGGUGCAGCAAUCUAAAAAGGAAAAUAAUUUCUUAGACCCUUGGGACUUCAUUUUGGUGGAUAAAGAAGCAGAAAAGAAAUGGAACUUCUCUCUAAAGACGUCUUUAGAACGAAGUUCAGAAACAAAAUUAUUCGAAGGAUAUACAUUCCAAUUAUUGGUAACGAGUGCCCAAGAUGUAUUAAAAGGAGCCAUUGAAAGUUGUGGAGGAAAAAUUGUUGCAAGAACUCCAAAAGGAGUUGAUAAUUUUGUCGUGGUUGCAUCGCCAGAUCAAAAGGAUAAAUACAAGAAACUAUUGAAACAACAAUCAAAUAUCAUUAUCGUUGAACCUGAGGCUAUUUUCGAUGGAGUACUACGACAAGAGAUCCGUUUUGAUAGACAUUUAUUGAAAUGAAUUGAUUUAUGAAAAAAUUUACAGAGCUUUAUUAUUUUUAUAAAAUUGUCUUGUUAUUAUUCCUUGUUUUGUAUAGUUAUUGUAAUAUUAUAUUCAAUAAAAAUGAUGAAAA